AUGCAUUUCAAACGAGUAAGGGCAAUGCUUUCGGGAAUGCCUCAGACUGAAAGCAAUGAUGGUUCGAAAACAAAAAUUGCCAGCUUAAAGCCAAAAUCCCUUGCCAGCGAUGAGCGGAAAUAUCAAGAUGCAAACCAACAAGAGAUAGUUCAGACACACCAUAUUAUAAAAUCCAAUUCAUCUGAAAACUCCGAGGACCUGUGGAUCAUAGCUGAGAGACAGCUCAAAGACGACGUAAAAACGAAACAACUUCUGGUGCGAGCUGCCGAGAUCGUGAAGGGUUGGGGAUUCGAGCUGGCAACGGAUGGAAAGGAUAGACGUCAAAAACUCGCCAAGUUUCUGGAUGCCAGAGUUGUCGACUUGGAAGACAAGAAAUGGACUAUCGGUGACCACGGUGCAUCAAUAAAGGAACAAACUGCCAAGGUGUUCCAAAAAAUUUUGAUGCUGAAGGAUGUCUUUAACACGGCUGCGUCUACGAGUCCACCAGCUGCAAUAGCAUGUGCAGGUGUGGCAGUUGCUCUACUGCUAUUCAUUCAAACCGUCGAGCACCAAGGCAGUCUCUUGAAAGGACUGGAUGUGCUCGCUGCAUUAAUCCCGCGCAUUUACAUGCUUGAGGAUCUCUACUUGAGUCCAGGUAUCACACCUUCGAGCGAAUUUGCAGAAAAGUUCAAGGCAGGACUCAUCUCUCUGGUUUGCAAAGUUCUGGAAUACCAAGCGAGAGCAUUGUGCUAUCUAGACAAAAACUGGAUUUCACAAUUCGCAAGAGACUUAGUGAAGAAACAUCCCUGGGAAGAACUCUGUGAGGGGAUGAAAAGCCUUGAAGAGGAAUCACACAAGUUUACGAUCUUGAUCGAUGCAGCCGAACGGAAAGCAGACCGCAAGGCCAGAGAACAGCAGCUGCAGAACACAUUGGAAAAAAUAUCAAAUUUGGCAAAUUACAUCAAAGCGAGAUGA